AUGCGGUUAGGUGAUGUACUUGUGGAACUGGGUUUGCGAGCAAAUGUAGCAAACUCUUCCGUUGACUUUCCAUGUAUAUCAGUUGUUCUUCAUCAUCUCCUCAAGGAACUUCCAGCUGAAGUCAUCAGCUCUAAUGCUUUGGAGAUCAUGCAGCUUAUUGAGCGCAGCAAGGAUUAUUCCUUUGAUCAGUAUUUGAACUAUAUGCUGCUUGGAUUUAAGCUCUGCGAAAGGAUACCACUUAUGGAUGCUGUUGAUGCUAUAUUGGUCAAAGUUUUUCAGGUGGUUGCUCAAUAUGAUGGCCUUGAUGAGUACUUGAAGGUUGUCGAUGCUUACUUGGAUAUUAUUCUUCACUUUCAAAUGGGUAAUUAUUUGACCAUCAUUUUAGAUGGCAUUUCAGACCGAGCAUGCAAUAAAGGAGUUGCUGAGAAUGAACUAGGCAGCUUGCAGACCAUUUUUAUAAAGCUUCUUUCUCAUUUCGAGGACUUGAAUGAUGUGUUGGCAUUGAACCAUUUUGUGGAGAUCUUAGAUGUGAUGUACGGAAGCACCCGGAACAUUGUCAAUACGCAUAUCCUUAAUAAGGCAACCAGGAAUGGUUAUAUUCGUGAUCCAACAACCGUGCAGUUGCUUUUUGAAAUUUCUCAGGCUCUUCAUGAUGGCAUAGAUUUUUCAAGCAUCAAAGAUGAUGAUAAUCAACAGCCUGUACAUCUCAUUUCUCGUUUUGUGCAGAUGGUAGAUUUUGGAGCAGAGAUGGAAAACCAUUUAUCAUUUUUGGUUGAAUGUCGUGGAGCUUUUGGUAGCACUAAUGAGCUUAAGGAAACCCUUGUGCACUCCAGCAAUUACCUAGCAGUUAAAGCUAUGAAAGAUGCUAAAAAACAUAUCAGUUUUUUAAAAUCUUGCAUAGCAUUUAGUGAAGUUACAAUACCAUCAAUUUCAGUUAUUAUCAGGCAGAUGAAUCUUUAUCUUGAAACUGCAGAGGUUGCUUUAUUAGGUGGAUUAGUUUCUCAUACGGAUGGGCUAAUUGAUUCAGCAAUCAAUUGUUUACAAAGUUUGGAACUAACUAAUGGCCGAACACCAGUUGACCUAGAUGGAAUUCUCUCCUCAGUAAGGAAAUUAUGCAGUCUCUUAAUUUUGAUUCCAGGUAAUUCUGAAUGUGGAGCCACUCACAUCCCAAAGAAUAUAUUAUCCAAAAUUAGUUCUCAAUCAUGGAUAACUCCAAGAUUGAGGAUCAGGACAUUCUGUGCAGUCGUUUCUCUAUCAACAACCCUAUCCCAACAUAAGCUCCCAUACCAUGCUAACAGUAGGGAGAUUGUGGGGAAUGACCUAUUAUUUUUCUCUGAGCCAUCCUAUUACCAAGAACUUCUCUCUUUCUCCAGCUCUGUUGUUCAGAGCCUGGUUGAUGAAGUAAAACAGGUGCCAAACCAGGCUGCUCGAGGAAGUUUGGCACUUGAAGCUUGCAACUGCAUCAUAUCGUCUUUCAAAGAAAAUCAAGAAAUGGUACCAAUAUGCUCUAGAUUGAUAGAGAUUGCCAAGUCAUGUCUGAAUGCCAAUAACAAACAUUUGCAUUCAACAAUCAAGUACCUUGACAAAAACCAUUCAACUUCUAGGAGAGAGGUGCCAGCAGUUACCACCUGAGAGAGACUGCUCAAUUUGUUAUAUUACUUCGAAUACUUUAUCCCUGUAAAUUUUGUAAGUCAGAGAGAGUUUUUGUUCCAAGAAGUGAUCAAUCUAAUCUCAACAAUAGCUGUGGGGUA